AUGAUUUCAUUUUCUUUUUCGUUCAUUGUAGUGAUUCCCAAUAUUCCAAACAAUGCCCGAUGGGCAAAAAAUGGAAUUACUGUAGCCAGUGUAGGCCAUGAACUGGACGAUAUCGACUAUCAAUUCGGUUCCGCUUUCGGUCUGUCUGUGGAUGAUGAUCAAACUUUGGUCAUCGCUGAUACUUACCAUGAUCGCAUUGUUCAAUGGAAAGUGGAUGAUGUCAAAGGAAAAGUGGUAGCUGGUGGCCGGGGCUCAGGAGAUCGAUUGGAUCAAUUGUGUGCUCCAACCAAUGUCUUGAUCGAUAGAGAGACUAGUAGUCUCAUUAUCAGUGAUGAAGGAAAUCGACGUGUCCUACGUUGGUCUCGUCGUAGUGGUACAACUCACGGAGAAAUUCUUCUCAAAGAUAUCCGUUGUUCAACAUUGGCCAUAGAUGAUCAAAGAUAUCUCUACAUCGCUGACCCCGACAAAAAUGAAGUAAGACGAUAUCGAAUAGGAGACAAAAAUGGAAUUGUCGUGGCGGGUGGCUAUGUCAAAGGUUUUGGUAUUCAUCAAUUGGGUCAUGUGGCUUACAUCUUUGUCGAUCAAAACCAGGCUGUCUACUUGUCGGAUGACGAAAAUCAUUGUGUAAUUAAAUGGAAUAAAGAUGCAACAGAAGGCAUCGUCGUUGCUGGCCGUCAAGACAAAGAAGAUCCUUCGGCACAAUUGUCGAGUCCUCAAGGACUGUUUGUCGAUACAUUGGGUACCAUCUAUGUAGUAGAUAUGGGCAAUGCUCGAGUGAUGCGUUGGUCUAAAGGAGCCAAACAAGGUACUGUCGUUGCGGGUGGCUAUGGUGAAGGAGAAGAAGCACAUCAGUUGCGUGAGCCAACGACUUAUGCAUUGUUGCUAAAAGUUAAUGAUUCAGGAUCCGAAUGGGAUUCUUUGAAAAUUACAUGGGGUCCGAAUCCGUUCGAUCCGGAAUAUUUUGUUAAACAACCACGAACUAUUACCGAAGCUAAAGAGAAUAAUUACAUACAGAUUGCAGGUCAAUGUGAAGGCACAUUUCUUGGACAGCGUUUUAUGAAAGUUAAUGAUUAUGGUGUAAUUUUAAUCUACGAUAAACAAGGUACUAUUACCGGUGUGCAAAUGGGAAUUCCUGCAUCAAUGAUUACUGAUACAUAUUACAAGUAUUCAACCCAGAAAAUGUUUACUCGAGAUACAAUUGCCGGCAUUGAUAUUUACGUUCUCACUGCAUAUUUUGUCGAUCCACGCACCAUUUGUCAAUCAGGUCGGGAUGUAUCUCAUCUCAAACAUGAAGGUACAGGAACUGGACUAUGGCUACAAAAUGGCAGCAAUCCAAUUCGUGAUUCAAUUGAAAUGCCAUUAUAUGAAAAUAUGGUGAACAAUACAAAAUGGAUCAAAGGUACAUGUUUGCCAACGAUGGGUAUGUUUGAUAAUAGAAAAAGUAAACUUAUGAUACAUAUUCGAUAUUGA